AUGGUAGUGGUUCUUACGUUUUUCACAUGUGCCCAACCAGAUCUUGGAUUUAAUUUAAUCGCCGUGAUCGGAGGAAUUUGUACACCAUCUCUUAUCAGUGGAGCAUCAUUUAUUCGUGAAGAAAACAACAAUCGUUUGGGCAGUGUUUCAUAUCAAUAUCGAAGUGUAUUGCAUACUACUCAAAAUGUGCCAUUGUCAAACAUCACCAAUGAAAAUUUAGGACUGUCAUCCUUCAUUGAUCUUAACAAUGACGAUGUUAACGACAUUUUGCUUCUUAGUCCUGAUAGUAUAUUCAAGCAACCACAAGUUAUUGAUUCCCAUGCUGAGAUAUUGAAUGACCGAGCUGACGCUGAAGUACCACUUACGACUGUUAAAAGAAACCGUGGUCGACCUAAAAAGAUUUUAGGAAAUACGUCGGCACAGACUGGUCUUGAAAAAAUAACCGGCACUUCAAACACUACUAUUUCAAGUGAGAUAUUCGAUCAUUGUGCGGACGAUCAAGUAACAGUUACGACUCUUAAAAGAAAACGUGGUCGACCUAAAAAAAUUAUAGGAAAUACCUCCACACCAACAGAACUUGAAAAAAUCACCGUCACUCCAACUCCAUACACGAAUAUAUCGAGUGAGUUAUUGGAUGACAUUGCUGACGGUCAACUACCACUUACGGAACUUAAAAGAAAGCGUGGUCGACCUAAAAAGCUACAAGCUGAUCACAACCAGCCAACAGCUGAGUACAAGCAGCCAAUAGCUAAAAACUGGGAGAACAGGACAAAUGCCUGCCUAGAACCGACCCCAACGGGGUAA